AUGACUAUUCAGGACAACUGGUUUGAUAAGAGCAGCAACACUGAGUCUAGACCAUCAAGUGAUGAUGAAGUGGACAGUGAUGAAGACGAGGAUGACAAUGAUGAAGAAGAUGAGGAGGAAGAUGAUAAUGUAGAGGAUGAGUUGGAUUCUGAUAAUAACGAUGAAGAAGACAAUGACCCCCUGCUAGAAAGUAGUGGUGAUGAUGGUGGUUAUGAAGAUGAAAAUGAUGGUGAUGAUGGGAUGAGAAUGAUUGUGAUGAAUGGUGAUAAUGUUGAUGGAGAUGAUUGCGAUAUGAUGAUAUAUGGUGAUGGCGAUAAUGAUGGUAAUGACGAAAAUGGUAAUAGCAAUGAUGGUGAUGAUAAUGAUGUUGAUUUAAAGAAUGAUAGUGACGGUGACAGUGAUGAUGGUGAGGAUAAAGAUGGUGACAACGAUGAUGUUGGUGAUGAUGGUGAUGACAAUUCCUGA